GAUAAGAAAGAUAUUAUGUUAACAAGUAUGAUAUUAAAAAAAUAUCAGAAAUUUGUUGUCAGUAUCAGUUAAGGGUUUGUUUCAUAAGGCUAAAUUUAAGUGGUCGGUUGACUAAAUUAUUUGUUACAGAAUCCUAAAUUCAGCGCGUAGUGACAGGUGAAAAAUGGCGCCCAUCGACGGAGUUGACAACGAGAUCAAGUCCUCUGCAUUGGACCUCAUCGGCAACACGCCCAUCGUAGCUCUGGAUCGACUUUACACCGGGCCCGGCAGAAUUCUUGCAAAAUGCGAAUUCAUGAACCCCGGCGCUUCUAUUAAGUGUCGAUCGUCGUUGUGUAUGAUCAAAAAGGCGCUUGAUUCUGGCGAACUGAAGCCUGGAGCACCAGUGGUGGAGGUGACGUCAGGGAACCAGGGAUGCGGGCUCGCUGUCGUCUGCGCGGUGCUCGGACAUCCCCUCACGCUUACCAUGUCUAAAGGUAACAGUACCCAACGAGCUAUACAUAUGGAGGCUCUCGGAGCAAAAUGCGUUACCGUUCCUCAAGUCGAGGGAACGUACGGUAACGUAACACUUGCUGACGUCAAGGCCGUCGAGGAAGUUGGCUUGAAAAUUAUCGAAGAAACCGGCGCGUACUAUGUUAAUCAAUUCAAUAAUGAUGCUAAUGCCAAUUCGCAUUAUGAAACCACCGGGCCUGAGAUUUGGAGGCAGACUGGACAGCGAGUGGACGCGUUUGUUGCGACUGUUGGAACGGCAGGAACAUUUACCGGUACAGCGAGAUAUUUGAAGGAGAAAAAUCCUGAAAUUAAAACUUUCGUUGUAGAGCCAUCCGGUUCUGAACCCAUUAAAGGAGAUGCGAUCACAAAGCCACUUCAUUUACUGCAAGGCUCAGGAUACGGCUGCGUCCCGAACCUGUUCAAGUUUGAAUAUCUGGAUGAACCCAUCAGCGUCACUGAUGAAGAGGCCGUGGAGUACAUGAAGUUAAUGAGAGAUCUAAGGAGGGUCUAUACGUUGGCUACACCAGCGGGGCCAACGUCGCCGCCGCCGUGAAGAUACUCAAAUCUGGAAAGUUGCCGAAAGACGCGUGGGUGGUCACCUUACUGAACGACACCGGCUUGAAAUACACACCAGUUCCAGAGGAAUUAAUUAAAUAGGCAUAAGGUACAUAUUAUUAUUUAACGAAUGGUCCGUAAUUAUUCUAAUAUAGGUCAUAAUUAUGUCAUAAUUAGUGUAAGUUAAUUGUAUAUUUAAUAAAAAAGUUAUAAGUAUUUAUGUUUAAAGUUGAUUAUAAAUUCGUAAAGCAUGACUUCGUUUUAUGAUGUAAUAUAAUAAAGAUAUUGUUAUCUAUAUUAAAACUUGUUAGAAUCAUAAACUCACUAUCUAUAGCAAUUAUUGAAAGUAUUGAAUACAAGUUUAAAAAUUUACAUCCUUGUUUUUUUAAUUGUUAAUAUUCGAACGAUAAUCGUUAUAUUUUUAUGUAAAUAAUAUUCUUUUAUAAUAUUAUCAAUGGUAUACCAGUAUAUCCUGUCCAUUUUGCAAUACUAAGAUAUUAAAAACAGA